AGUGAAUCUUUUGCCUAGUUAAAGUAACCAUGAAUGGGGCAUCACACGCCCUUAAACGCUUGAAUUGCAAGGACUUGAUUAGCUAUUUGAAAACUUUACCUCCUUUUAUAUUAGAAGAACUCUAUAACAAUCCAGCGACAUGCUUAGCGGUUUUCAGGAACCUGCCAGAAGUGGCAAGACACUAUGUUAUGCGGCUUCUCUUCGUGGAGUCACCAGUGUCGCAAGAUGUUAUUAAACACUGGGUAGUAAAGGGUGAAGUAGAAAAACAUGAAAAAUCUAUUGAAGCUCUAAAGGAAUUACAAGUUUGGGAUCAUAGCCCUAUCCCGGGUGGUCUACCUGGAUGGAAGUUAAAGCCAACGUUUCGCCAAAAUUUUAAGGUUGUUAUGCUCGGUGGUGGAACUUCAUGGACAAGGGGCUCUGCUCUAGAACCGGACAAGUAUACAAAAGAUGUAGACUCACUAGAGAAAUAUGCUAUAGAUAGAUGGGAAUGCGUUUUAAACUUUCUCGUUGGAUCACCUUCAUCCAGAGAAAUGCUCACAGCUGAUAUAAUAAAUUUAAUUGAAUAUUCAGGUCUAAUGACUAAUUCUGAAAAUAACCAUUACAUUACUCCUGCUGGAUUCCAAUUUCUCCUGAUGGACACAGCAAGUCAAGUAUGGUAUUUAAUUCUACAAUAUCUGGAUACCGUCGAAGAUAGAAGAAUGAAUUUAGUUGAAACUUUAACAUUUUUAUUUGAAAUUAGUUUUGCAAGUUUAGGAAAAGAAUACUCGGCUGAAAAAUUAACUGACGGCCAAUCAAGAUUUUUACAACAUUUACGAGAAUUAGGUUUAAUUCAUCAAAGGAAAAGAAAAUCGGGAAGAUUCUAUCCAACCCGAUUAGCAAUUGAUUUGGCCAAUGGCUGUUCCAAUACAAUCUCGGAGACUGUUAAUGGUUUUAUAGUAGUCGAAACAAAUUAUAAGAUCUACGCAUAUACGAACUCUCCGCUUCACACUGCCCUCCUAGCCUUAUUUUCUGAUAUUUUGUGUCGAUUCCCUGGUUUUGUUGUGUCAAACUUAACAAGGGAAAGUGUAAGAAACGCUCUAGCUCAUGGUAUAACUGCCUAUCAGAUAAUUAACUAUUUAAAAAGUUACGCUCAUCCUCAAAUGUUGAAAAAUAAACCUAUCUUACCUCCAACGAUAACUGAUCAAAUACGUAUAUGGGAAUUAGAAAGAGAUAGAAUAUCCUACAACGAAGGAGUGUUAUAUAAUCAAUUCUUGUCUCAGAAUGAUUUUGAAAUCCUAAAAGAACACGCCAGAGAGAGAGGAGUUUUAAUUUGGAGUAAUACGGCAAAAAGAAUGAUGGUGGUAUCCUUAGAAGGACACGACGAUGUAAGAAGAUUUUGGAAGAAACGAAAACAAGAUAGCUAA